AUGGCGGUGGGCCUGGGGAACGGGCUGGGCCUCCCAGAAGCCGUGGAAGUGUCCUGGAUCGCAAAGAGAGGCAUGAGAUGUGUUGAGAGUUGCCGUCCUGGACACAGCAAGGUCAUGCAAGAGGGGCAACAGAUUUGUUGUUAUGUUUGCCGUCAGUGCCCUGAACAAAUGAUUUCCAUCCUGACUGAUGCAGAUCAUUGCAACAAGUGCCCUGACGAUCAGCACCCAAACAAGAAUCAGGACCAGUGUAUCUCCAAGAAUAUUGUCUAUUUAGCUUAUGGAGAAUCCUUGGGAAUUAUUCUGGCUUCAGUUGCUCUUUUCCUUUCCCUGAUCACCUUUGUGAUAAUGUGGAUCUUCAUUCAACAUAAGGAGACUCCCAUCGUCAAGGCCAACAACUGGAACAUCACCCGCACCCUCCUCAUUUCCCUAUUGCUUUGCUUUCUCUGCUCCUUCCUAUUCAUUGGAAAGCCUGGGAAGGUGACCUGCCUUCUCCGUCAAACCAUAUUUGGGAUUGUCUUUUCCCUGGCUGUUUCUUGUGUGUUGGCAAAGACUAUCACUGUGGUUCUGGCCUUCAUGGCCACCAAGCCAGGAAACAGGAUGAGGAAAUGGAUGGGGAAGAGGCUGGCAGUGUCAGUCGUCAUCCUCUGCACUCUUAUUCAAACUGGCAUCUGUGCACUGUGGUUGGCAACCUCUCCUCCCUUCCCAGAGUUUGACAUGCAUUCACAGACUACCCAAAUCAUUGUGCAAUGCAAUGAAGGAUCAGGCCCCAUGCUUUAUACUGUCCUGGGCUACAUGGGUCUUCUGGCCAUCAUCAGCUUCACUGUGGCUUUCUUAGCCAGGAAGUUGCCUGAUACUUUCAAUGAAGCAAAGCUCAUCACCUUCAGCAUGUUGGUCUUCUGCAGUGUUUGGUUAUCCUUUGUCCCCACCUACCUGAGCACCAAAGGAAAAUAUAUGGUGGCUGUGGAGAUCUUCUCCAUUUUAGCCUCUAGUGUAGGAUUGCUGGGUUGCAUAUUCCUCCCAAAGGUCUAUAUUAUUGUACUUAGACCAGAAUUGAAUGCCAGGGAUCAACUAAUAAGGAAACAGAAUUUUGCCAUCUGA